CCGGCGGCGAAGAAGCCGCGACAAUUGCCAUCGCAGUGGAGGCAAGACGCUGCAAAGUCGCUCUCAAAUGCGAAGACGUCGACGGGUGUGCGUAGCAUCAAUGGUCCCUCGACAGCAGGAUCGUCGAAGAAGGCUCUUGCUGGCGUCUUCCUCAGCGAUGAGCAGACCCAGAUCCUGAGACUGGUGGAGGAGGGCAACAGUGUCUUCUAUACUGGUAGUGCUGGUACCGGAAAGUCUGUCUUGCUGCGCGAGAUCAUCAAGUCGUUGAGGAAGAAGUACUCGAAGAUCCCGGACGCCGUAGCUAUCACUGCGUCUACUGGUGCGUUA